UUUGAGCUGUGACGGUUUGACAAGCUCACAGAUGACGCGCUGGGAGGAACUCGAGUCACCUCUACAGCUUCCUUCAUCCUCGACAAACUGCUCACCGUUUUAUUUUCCUCCUGACACGGAAAUUAGGUUGGCGCAGUUCUCGAUUACGGCGGUUUUUCUUUUUCAUACACACACCGACAGCGUGAGCAGCCUUUCUCUUCUCUCAGGUAUAGCAAGCCAAUAAGCGCUCGCGGACGGUGCCCAGACACGCGAGCUCACGGAAAAAGAGGCGGGAACCUCGCGCACCUUCAGAGGACGCGGAGCGCGUGCGCGCGCACUCACACCGCUCGAGCACACACGGAGCAGCAGCUUCACGGACUCAAACCGGCGGCUUGCAGAAGGGGCAGGUGGACGUCUGCGCAGACUACCACCUCCGCUUGGCGGUCUAAAAGCACCUCGGUGAAAAAUUUGGCCACUUCAGUCCGUCCGUGAUCUCGGUGUCAUUUGUCACAAAUACAUGCCGUUCAAGUGCUCGUAGUAAACAGUUCCUCGAGAUGGAAAACGCCCACACUAAAUCUGCAUCAGAAGUUUUAACAAACUUCGGUGUGAACGAAAACACGGGACUCACGCUGGAACAAGUGAAAAUUAAUUUCGAAAGAUAUGGACCAAACGAGCUCCCAGCCGAAGAAGGUAAAUCAUUGUGGGAGUUGGUGGUGGAGCAGUUUGAGGACCUCCUGGUGAGGAUUCUGCUGCUGGCAGCCUGCGUGUCUUUCGUGUUGGCACUGUUUGAGGAGGGGGAGGAGACGACCACAGCUUUCGUGGAGCCUAUUGUCAUCCUGCUCAUUCUGGUGGCCAACGCAGUCAUUGGAGUCUGGCAGGAGCGAAAUGCAGAGAAUGCCAUCGAGGCUCUGAAAGAAUACGAGCCAGAGAUGGGCAAAGUCUACCGCAUGAACCGCACGGCCGUCCAGAGGAUCAAAGCUCGAGACAUUGUGCCUGGAGAUAUUGUGGAGGUUUCUGUUGGAGACAAGGUGCCAGCAGAUAUCAGGAUCACUUCAAUCAAAUCUACCACCCUACGAGUGGACCAGUCCAUUCUCACAGGCGAGUCUGUGUCUGUUAUCAAACACACUGAUCCCGUGCCAGAUCCACGAGCUGUCAAUCAAGACAAAAAGAACAUGCUGUUUUCUGGCACAAACAUUGCUGCGGGUCGGGCCAUCGGUGUUGUCAUCUCCACCGGCAUUUCCACCGAAAUCGGUAAGAUCCGUAACCAGAUGGCGUCAACCGAGCAGGAGAAGACCCCGCUGCAGCAGAAGCUGGAUGAGUUUGGCCAACAGCUCUCAAAGGUCAUCACCCUCAUCUGCAUCGCCGUCUGGGUCAUUAACAUCGGCCAUUUUGCCGACCCGGUCCACGGCGGUUCGUGGAUUCGAGGUGCGAUCUACUAUUUCAAGAUAGCCGUGGCCUUGGCAGUUGCAGCCAUCCCGGAGGGUCUGCCAGCUGUCAUCACCACCUGCCUGGCGUUGGGCACCCGUCGCAUGGCCAAGAAAAAUGCCAUUGUCCGUUCUCUGCCCUCAGUGGAGACGCUGGGAUGCACCUCCGUUAUCUGCUCAGACAAGACAGGGACCCUGACAACCAACCAGAUGUCUGUCUGCAGGUUGGAGACAAGGUGCCAGCAGAUAUCAGGAUCACUUCAAUCAAAUCUACCACCCUACGAGUGGACCAGUCCAUUCUCACAGGCGAGUCUGUGUCUGUUAUCAAACACACUGAUCCCGUGCCAGAUCCACGAGCUGUCAAUCAAGACAAAAAGAACAUGCUGUUUUCUGUAAGCACUUCACUUCCUGUUUUAAGAGGGGAACUUUCUCAUGUGCAU